UACUUUUAUAAAAUUAAUGAAAUAAAAAGUCAAUAGAUGUUAAUGGAAACAAAAAAAAUAACAAUUUACAUUUGUUAAUGGUUAUCGGAGAAUAAGAAGAUAUUGAUAGUGAGAACUUAUUUUGUGUAGCGAUGAGUUAGACAAAUGCGUCCACUCAGACUGCGGCGCGUGGUGGGGCUGGAGGGGCGCGCCAAUGACGUCGUGUUCUACCCCGCGCCCCGCCCCGUCACACCCCCGCACAAGCUCGGCGCGCUUGUGUUUUUUGGUGGGGAUGUACAGGAUUACCCGGAAAUAAUGCAAGCGCACCGCGACUACAGAAACUAUUUAAAGUACAAUUUGGAAACCACGGCACGCAUGCUCGGACACAACUUCCCCACAAAACAUGUAGUGGUUGUGAAACCUUCUAGGAUAGAGUAUAAAAGCUUCAGCUGCUAUGACAACUUCGUGCCCGGCAACAACGCUGGCGUGCCCGAUCACACGCCCACGCACAGUGCCCUCCUGCACCUAGAGAGGUUACUGCAAGGUGUGAGCUGCAGACUCAAGUCCUUGCCCACUGCUGAGCUGUUGGAGGCAGCCAGCGCGCUGCCCGAGGAGAUAGACAUAGAAGACCUGCCUGUCAAUUUGCAGAAGACGCAGCGCGCGGUGGGCGGGGCGGGCGCCGGCUCCGCCCCACACGAGCCCAGGUCAGUGGUGUGGUGGCGCGAGGGUCUGCGGCUGGAACAGUGCCCGCUGACGCUGGUGGGGUUCAGCAAGGGUUGCGUGGUGCUCAACCAGUUCAUCUACGAGUUCCACUACGCGAACACCCUCACGCCCGGAGACGAUCACAUGAGAAGGUUGAUGUCUGGCAUCUCAGCGAUGUACUGGCUGGAUGGUGGACACGCGGGCACCAAGAACACCUGGCUCACCGCGCGCAGCCUCCUCGAGACACUCGCUAGGCUCAACGUCAAUAUCUACGUGCACGUGAGCCCGUACCAGGUGGAGGACGAGGGCAGGCCCUGGAUCGGCCGCGAGGAGCGCGCCUUCACCGCACUGCUCAGGAAACUCGGCGCUAAGGUAAAACGUUACCUGCACGAGCAGCCGGGCGCGCCGCACUCUCUGCACAUGCACUUUGAAGUGCUCACAUCGUUCGCUACACGCACACGCAACGACACUGAUGAUGACCAAAUGUAACUCACCUCGCUCAGUGACACCAAUGUGGGGGCACUGCGAUCGCAAGUCCGUGCCCCCGUGCCCCCGGUGGGCGCAUUUAUUUAUAAAUGUUUGUCAUUAAUAUGAAACAUCCAGUGGCGAGUUUACUUUCAUCUAAAUCGUAGUAGCAUUGAAUGUGUUAACAUAAAAAGUUGACUUUUAUUUGUUUUUAAAAUUAAUUUUACGAAAUUAACUUACGUUAUUGUAAAGUGUAAAUAUGUUUACAAUAUAAAUUGUUUUAUUAUGAAAUUAUUUGAUCUCAAUAAUUGUUUAUUAGAA